AUGGUGAAAAGGGCUACUUCUCCAUGUUCAUCUCCAGUGACCAUAACGGUCUCGUCAGGAGGCAAAGGAGGAGGAAGUAGAAGCAUGGGCUUAACUAGUCCAGUACCACGAGCUUCCAUUUCAAACAACCCAAAUUCUCCUCUUAGCAACAGUAGAAACAGAACCUCAAGUGGAGGCAGAUACUGUUCAAUGUCCAGAGAUGAUACCACGGAGGAAAUCAAUUCAGAGUUCGUCUCGUACACUGUCCAUAUACCUCCUACUCCAGAUCACCAGAGCUUUUCAACUUCACAGACAAGCCUAGCUGAAGAGAUCAAGAAUGCUGCCAAACCUGAGAGGAGUUUCAUUUCUGGUACUAUUUUCACUGGUGGGUUCAAUUCUGUCACACGUGGGCAUGUUAUUGAUUGCUCGAUAGAAAACAACGCGUCUCUGAAAUCUGGGAUUGUUUGUGGCAUGAAAGGUUGUGAUGAGAUAUCAAUUAAGGGAAAAUGUGCGUGUGGGUUCAAUAUUUGUAGAGAUUGUUAUUUAGACUGUGUGGGGUCUAAUGGAGGGGGUCAUUGUCCUGGUUGCAAGGAACCAUACAAGGAUGAUGAUGACGAGGGGGAGGACGACGACGACGAUGAUUAUGAUUAUGAUGAGGCUAACAAUGAAGCAGAUGAUCAGGCACUACCAUUGCCUAAAUUAGAUAAGAGGCUUUCACUUGUGAAGUCGUUUAAGGCGCAGAGUCAUCCUCCUGAUUUUGAUCAUACUAGGUGGUUGUUUGAGACGAAGGGGACUUAUGGGUAUGGAAAUGCUGUGUGGCCUAAAGAUGGAUAUGGUGCUGGGUCAGGUGUUAAUGGGUGUGAGCCUCCUCCAGAUUUCGGAGAGAGAAGUAGGAGGCCUUUGACCAGGAAGGUUGGGGUCUCUGCUGCAAUUCUCAGCCCUUACAGGCUACUCAUCAUGAUACGUUUUGCGGCUCUUGGUCUAUUCCUUACAUGGAGAGUCCGACACCCCAAUCGCGAAGCAAUGUGGUUAUGGGGGAUGUCCAUAACUUGUGAGUUAUGGUUUGCCGUGUCAUGGAUUCUUGAUCAGUUCCCUAAGCUCUGCCCUGUAAACAGAGUGACUGACCUCUCCGUGCUGAAACAGCGCUUUGAAUCCCCCAAUCUUCGAAACCCGAAAGGCCGAUCAGACCUUCCAGGCAUUGAUGUAUUUGUUUCCACGGCUGACCCUGAAAAGGAACCUCCUUUGGUCACUGCAAACACCGUCCUUUCGAUCCUCGCAGUUGAUUAUCCGGUGGAAAAGCUGGCAUGUUACUUAUCGGAUGAUGGUGGAUCUCUUUUGACGUUUGAAGCUCUGGCUGAGACGGCUAGCUUUUCAAGAAUUUGGGUGCCUUUCUGUAGGAAACACAGCAUAGAACCCAGGAACCCUGAGGCUUAUUUUGGGCAGAAGCGUGAUUUUCUUAAGAACAAAGUGAAACUUGAUUUUGUUAGAGAGAGGAGAAGAGUAAAGAGAGAAUAUGACGAAUUUAAGGUGAGAAUCAAUUCACUGCCUGAGUCAAUUCGGAGAAGGUCAGAUGCCUAUCAUGCCCACGAAGAGCUUCGAGCGAGGAAGAAACAGAUGGAAAUGGGGGGAAUCCAUCAGAAACCGUGA